CCCUCCCUGCUCCGCCGGGGAUUGCUCUCGCCAUGGGGGCCGAGCAGAGCGCAGAGGCGGAAAACCGGCAUCCCGAGCCCAGCACUUCAGAUGAAGGGUAAUCCUAGGUGUGCUUUGUGCUUCCUUAUACUUGACUGGAUAUUUUCCCCAGCAUCUCCUUCACCGGCCAAGCAGCGAGCUAAAAUGGAUGAUAUUGUGGUGGUGGCACAAGGGACGCAGUCUUCGCGGAAUGUCAGCAAUGACCCAGAUGUCAUUAAGUUGCAGGAAAUCCCAACUUUCCAACCCCUUCUGAAAGGUCUUCUCAGUGGGCAGACAGCUCCUACCAACAUAAAACUGGAGAAACUGGAUUCUCAGCAAGUUCUACAGCUCUGCCUGCGAUACCAAGACCACCUUCACCAAUGCGCAGAAGCGGUUGCCUUUGACCAGAAUGCUUUAGUCAAACGGAUCAAAGAGAUGGAUCUUUCGGUAGAAACCCUCUACAGCUUAAUGCAGGAGCGCCAGAAAAGAUAUGCCAAAUACGCUGAGCAGAUCCAGAAGGUCAAUGAGAUGUCUGCCAUCUUGCGUCGCAUCCAGAUGGGCGUCGACCUGACCAUUCCCUUGAUGGAGAGACUGAAUGCCAUGCUGCCCGAGAGCGAGAGGCUGGAACCCUUUGCCAUGAGCCCUGACAGGGAGCUCAAGCUGUAG